AUCGGUUGAUCAGGCAUUCGCCGGAGACGCCUUCUUCAUUCCCUUUUCAUUCAAGAUGGCGGGUGACGAGUCUGGUACAACGCUUGGUCAGCCUCAUCUGGCCAGACAAGACCUUAGUUCUCUGGAUGUGUCUACUUUGACGCCUCUCUCUCCAGAGAUCAUCAGCAGACAGGCCACCAUCAAUAUUGGCACCAUCGGUCAUGUGGCCCAUGGAAAGUCCACAGUAGUGAAGGCGAUUUCUGGUGUUCACACUGUCAGGUUCAAGAAUGAGCUGGAGAGGAACAUCACCAUUAAGCUAGGAUAUGCUAACGCUAAGGUCUAUAAGUUGGACGACCCCAGCUGUCCCAGGCCAGAGUGCUACAGGUCGUGUGGCAGCAGCACUCCUGAUGAGUUUCCCUCAGACAUCCCAGGCACCAAGGGCAACUUCAAACUGGUCAGACAUGUGUCAUUUGUGGACUGUCCUGGUCACGACAUCUUGAUGGCGACCAUGUUGAACGGAGCCGCUGUCAUGGAUGCAGCCCUCCUGCUUAUUGCGGGUAACGAGUCGUGUCCUCAGCCCCAGACGUCAGAGCACUUGGCGGCCAUAGAGAUCAUGAAGCUGAAGCACAUCCUCAUCCUGCAGAACAAGAUUGACCUGGUGAAGGAGAGCCAGGCCAAAGAGCAGUACGAGCAGAUCCUCGCCUUCGUACAGGGCACGGUGGCAGAGGGCGCUCCCAUCAUUCCUAUCUCAGCACAGCUGAAGUACAACAUCGAGGUGGUUUGUGAGUACAUCGUCAAAAAGAUCCCAGUGCCCAUCAGAGACUUCAUCUCCGAGCCCAGACUCAUCGUCAUCAGAUCUUUUGACGUGAACAAGCCCGGCUGUGAAGUCGACGACUUGAAAGGAGGCGUGGCAGGAGGAAGUAUCCUGAAAGGCGUGCUCAAGGUGGGUCAAGAGCUCGAGGUGCGGCCAGGUAUCGUGUCCAAAGACCACGAAGGAAAGCUGAUGUGCAAACCCAUCUUCUCCAAGAUCGUCUCUUUGUUUGCUGAGCACAACGACCUGCAGUAUGCUGCACCUGGAGGCCUCAUCGGUGUGGGCACUAAGAUCGACCCGACGCUGUGUCGUGCGGAUCGUAUGGUCGGUCAGGUGCUGGGCGCCGUCGGAGCGCUGCCAGAGAUCUUCACCGAGCUGGAGAUCUCCUACUUCCUGCUCAGGAGGCUGCUGGGAGUCCGCACAGAGGGGGACAAGAAGGCUGCCAAGGUCCAGAAGCUGUCUAAGAACGAGGUGCUGAUGGUGAACAUCGGCUCGUUGUCAACAGGCGGCCGCGUCAGCGCCGUCAAGGCUGAUCUGGCCAAGAUCGUCCUCACCAACCCAGUCUGCACGGAGGUCGGAGAGAAGAUCGCUCUGAGUCGACGCGUGGAGAAGCACUGGCGUCUGAUCGGAUGGGGACAGAUCAGGAGGGGCGUGACCAUCACGCCCACAGUGGACGACGACUGAGGAGGGAAAUAACCGGGACGUCACCGUAGAAACACUUCCUGUCGGCUGGACAUCGCAACCAUCACACUCUUCUUGGCUUUUUGUUGUUUUUUGUUUUUUAUUUCCACAAGGAGGAAGGAAGUGAACAGAACGGGACAUGUCAGUGUUGUAAAGAUAUUUAAAGCUGCCUCCUCCCUCUGCUCCUCUUUCUCAGUGGCGACACGAGGAGGUCAAGUUGUACCGGUACCUGUUUUUACUGCAGGUGAAGGAGAGCAGAGGAGGAGAGGAGGCUCUUUAGACUAUCGUCACAAUCUUCCAGAGAAGGUUCACUUUCUGCCUUCAGAGUGAGACCGGGGAUUCAUUCAGUGCAGAAAGUAUCCUGUACUGUCCACAGAUUUCAGUCAGAUCUAAUAAAAUACGUUUGGAAGAAA